AUGAAGAUCAUACUUGUAGUUCUGUUGGCUGUCGCAGUGGCAGCAGAGCAGAAGAGGGAAGCUGAGCCCCACUAUGGCUACACUGGCUAUUACGGCUUCCCCUACUACUCAUACGGCUAUAACUAUGGAGUCCCUGCUCAUGCACAUGUAGGCAAACGUGAAGCCGAACCGCAUUACGGAUUCUAUGGAGGCUACGGUUAUACGCGUGGACACCUGUAUGCUGCUCACGCCCACUCCUACGUCCACAUCCACGGCAUCGGCAAGAGGGAGGCUGAAGCUGAUCCUGACCCUCAUUAUAGAGGCUACGGAUACCCUCACGGAUACCUCUAUGCCCCACAUGCCCAUUCCUACGUCUACACUCACGGCAUCGGCAAGAGAGAGGCUGAGGCCAAUCCUGAACCUCAUUAUGGAGUCUAUGGCCAUGGCCUUUAUCGCCCUUAUGGCUUUGGCUUCUAUGGACCUUAUCGUUACGGAUACUGAGGUG